AUGGUGUUAGCAGACACACUCUCUCGAUUGCCUAACACAGAUGACUACACUGAGAUACUACUUGACGUUCGAGUCGAUGGUGUUGAUAUGCAUGACAUUUAUGACCUCAAUAUCGACCUGAUCAACUUUGGUACUACCAAGAAGCACCAACUGAAAGCCGAAACAAGUGCCUAUCCAACACUCAACAUGCUGAGAGAAAUCAUUCACACAGGAUGGCCUGAGAAAGUCAAGUCCGUCACACCUGUGUUGAGAUCCUACUGGCCAUUCAGGGAUGAACUUGCUGUCGAAGAUAGUAUUAUCUUCAAGGGAAGACAAGUUGUGAUUCCUGAGAAACUACACGCUGGUAUUUUGUCCCAAUUGCACUUAUCACACCAGGGGAUAGAAAAGACCAGAAAAUUGGCACGUGAGUCGGUGUACUGGCCGCAAAUCAGCAAGGACAUCGAGAAGCAUGUCAGAUCUUGUUCAUCAUGCCAAGAACUCCAUCCUCAACAUAAGCGGGAACCACUCACACCUCACGAAGUACCUGUGUCGCCAUGGCACAAACUUGGGACAGACUUGUUCCAAAUCAAGGAGAACACUUCCUACUAG